GAAGUGACGUCCCGCUGAUGGGUUCGUUUGUAGUAGGUGUAUUCUGGUUUUGCUUUUCCCACUCAAAGUAAAUGCCCAUGUUGAGCGUAAAAGGCCCAUUUUGAAUCAACCUCAGCGGUUCUACAUGACUGUCACUGUGGAGGAGCCCAUUAGUCCUGAUGCGGAGGGGGAUCUGGUGGAGAGACCCGCACUUGUUCUCAGUCUCUUCCCUCACAUACCCUCCACUCUGUACUUCAGCACUGCCAAUGAAAGAGUGGAGCUGUUGCCUGCUGAACAGAGGAAGCUUCUCAAAUGGAAGAUAACUACAGUCACUCCCAAUGUGGUGAAAAACACCAUCUCCAGAUCACACUUCAGAGCUACCAAAAAGAGUCAUGAUUGGCUGGGCUGCUGGGGUCACCAUAUGAAGUCACCAGGGUUCAAGGCUAUUAGAGAGUUUCAGAAGCUGAACCACUUUCCAGGCUCCUUUCAGAUCGGCCGGAAAGACCGACUUUGGAGGAACCUGUCCAAGAUGCAGGCACGCUUUGGCAAAAGAGAGUUUGGCUUCUUCCCACGCUCCUUCAUUCUCCCACAGGAUAUCAAGCUGCUGAGGAAGGCCUGGGAGGAUGGAGGCAGCAAGCAGAAAUGGAUCGUCAAACCGCCUGCAUCUGCUCGUGGAAUUGGCAUUCAGGUCAUUCACAAGUGGAGCCAAAUGCCACGCAAGAGACCGCUCCUCGUGCAGAAGUAUCUUCACAAGCCCUACCUCAUCAGUGGGAAUAAGUUUGAUCUACGCAUCUAUGUGUAUGUGACUUCUUAUGACCCACUCCGUGUUUACAUCUUUAACGAUGGACUAGUACGUUUUGCAAGCUGCAAAUACUCUCCUUCUAUGAAGACCCUCAGCAACAAGUUUAUGCACCUUACAAACUACAGUGUAAAUAAGAAGAACUCUGAGUAUCAGAGUAACAGCGAUGACAAGGCCUGUCAGGGCCAUAAAUGGGCUUUGAAGGCACUGUGGCAGUACUUGGGCUCUCAGGGUAUCAACACCACUCUCAUCUGGGAGAAAAUCAAAGAUAUGGUCAUCAAAACCAUCAUUGCGUCUGACCCCUAUGUGAACUCUCUGGUGAAGAUGCAUGUACGUUCUCCCUAUAGCUGUCAUGAGCUGUUUGGCUUUGACAUCAUGUUGGAUGAGAAUCUGAAGCCAUGGGUGCUGGAGGUGAACAUCUCACCCAGCCUGCAUUCAAACACACCACUGGAUGUCAGCAUCAAGGGUCAGAUGAUACGGGAUCUGCUGAACCUCGCUGGCUUUGUCUUGCCAAUGAGAGAAGACAGUGCACCAUCCAGUUCCAGCGCCAGCAGCUCCACCAGCAGUUUAUGUGGAGUGGUGCGAGAUAGAUGGCGAUCAGACCUUUCGACUGAUGAGAAAGUAAAGAGAGCUUUUUAUCUGAGCCAGCGCUUUGGGGACCAGGAUUUCUCUGCCACAAUCUUGGAUGUGCUGACACCUGAUGAUGUGCGUGUCCUGGCAGAGAGUGAGGACGAGUUGAGUCGUAAAGGAGAUUUUGAGCGAGUUUUUCCCUCUCAUGCUUCCUCUCGGUACCUCCGCUUCUUUGAGCAACCGCGCUACCUCAAUAUCCUCCUCAACCAAUGGGAACAGAAAUACUGGCUUAGCAGGAGCAAAGGUAUCAAUCUACUGAGGGAUUUGUGUGAGAAGAGGGUGCACCUGGGGAACCUGGCAGAUUCUGUUCAUCACUGGUCUUCCAAGUCGUAUCAUGGACAUAGAUCUCAGCUGACUAGAUCUAGUGUGCUGGUCAGUCAGAGAUCUGAUGCUGAAGAUGAGGACUUGUCUGAUCGCGAGGUUCAGUCAGUCACUAUGAGUCUUCCAGACAUGAGUUUGCUGAGUACCGUUAGCCUGAGCCCCAGUCCCACCUCCAGCUCCAGCCUGGUCAGUGACAGCCUGCCUUCACAUGACGACCUUUGAGCUAGACCCCAACAACCCUGGACGUUCAGAGCUUCUGAACUGUGUGUAUGCAUCACAUCUCAGCUAAAGCUCCUAGCAGAUCUCUUAGAGUUCUUCAGCAUUUGGAGGGAAAGAAGACUGGAAAACAGACUAAAUAAAAUAACUGGCCAAAUGGAUGAGUGUUAAAAGCCGUAUUUUGAUGCUGGAACUCACAUACAGGUGUAUAUACACAGUGCAUGUGGGUGGCAGGAAGAAAGAGCUCUUCCUGUUUGGAGUUUUAAUUGUUUCCAUAUGAGCCUAUACAUAAUUCGGCUUUGUUUACAUCAAAGGUCUGUGUAUAGUACAGGCAUCUUUAGAGCAGAUUAUUUUAAAUGUGUGGGAUGAAAUGUGAAGUUUGGAAAAGAGAUACUAUUGUAAAAAUAAAAAUCACAUUCAUGUCUUCUAAUGACAUUUGCAUGCCUGGCUGAAGGGAGACAACAUGCUCAGGCUAGGGUUUUUAAAUUAAAAUUGCUUUGAAAUA